AUGGCGACUGAGGGCCCAGAGAAGACUGGUGAGGAGGGUGCGGGGGCUGGGGCAGGCGCUGGUGGCGGGGGGACAAGGUUCGACCUGGAGAAAGAGACAGAGCUGCGGUUUGAGGUGGAGGCUGGGGAGAAGGUGCAGCUGGAGCUGCUCACGGGAUUGGCCGAAGUCUUUGGUUCUGAGCUCAACCGCAACAAGAAGUACACGUUCCCACCGGGGUCUAAGAUCGCUGUGUUCACCUGGCAGGGCUGCAGUGUUUCUCUCUCAGGGAAGACAGAGGUGAGAGGCUGUGGAGGAGUAACCGAUGAAUGGAGGGGGAUAUGUGCAUGGCUGAAACAUCUGCCUUGGUAUCUGUAACUGCUAGGAGUGACGGAUGCAGAAAUGUGUCAAUCUCGCUCCCUCUCCUAGGUGGCGUACGUAUCGAAAGACACACCCAUGCUGCUCUACCUGAACACACACGCUGCACUGGAACAGAUGAGACGACAGGCGGAGAGAGACAACGAGAGAGGACCACGGGUCAGUGUUCAGCUGUGUGUCUGUUUUUGUCUGAGGGAAGUGGACCUGGGUCAGUGUUGGUUGUCUGUGUGUGAGAAGUGGACCUUUGUCAGUGUGUGUAAGCUCUCUUGUUGUGUAAACGUUGCUUCAACGUUGUCCCCCAGGUGAUGGUGGUGGGGCCUACAGAUGUGGGGAAGUCGACAGUGUGCAGGCUGUUGCUGAGCUACGCUGUCAGGCUGGGCAGGAGGCCCACACUGGUGGAGCUGGACGUGGGCCAGAGUGGGGUGAGACAUUAAUAUGUUGUGUCUGUGGAUGGAGGUGUACAUACUGCAUAUCGCCUCUUUGCUACUGUUCCCCUCUACAAUGACUACUGUGAUGGUGUUGACUGGCUGUGUCUGGUUAGUGCUGUUGAUGACCGUGAUGCUUUCCUGUCUUGUGUGUGUCAGGUGUCAGUCCCGGGCACAAUGUCAGCGCUGUGUAUUGAGCGUCCGGCUGACGUGGAGGAGGGAUACUCAGUACAGGCUCCGCUGGUCUACCACUUUGGCUCCACCACUCCAGGAACCAACAUCAAACUCUACAACAAGGUGAAAGAUAACACAGAUAACCACUAUGGUUAGGGUAUUAGGUUAUAUGAACCCAUAACUUUGUAAUGGACUUUCUGCCUUGUAUGUAAUUUCUCUCGCUCUUUCUUCCAUAUUCCCCCCCCCCCCCCCCCCCCCCCUUAGUUGACAUCGUGUCUGGCUGAGGUGUUUUCCCAGCGCUGUGAGGUGAACAGGAAAGCCAGUGUGGGUGGCUGCAUCAUCAACACUUGUGGCUGGGUGAAGGGUUCUGGCUACCAGGCCCUGGUCCACUGUGCCUCAGCCUUCGAGGUGGAUGUGGUUCUGGUGCUGGACCAGGAGAGGCUCUACAAUGAGCUGAAGCGGGACCUGCCGCACUUCGUUCGAGUCGUGCUGCUACCUAAAUCCGGAGGGGUCGUGGAGCGCUCCAAAGACUGCCGGCGCGAGGUUCGGGACGACAAGAUCCGGGAGUACUUCUACGGUUUCCGCGGCAUCUCGUUCUACCCUCACGCCUUCGACGUGCGCUUUUCUGACGUGCGCAUCUACAAGAUCGGAGCGCCGUCCAUCCCGGAUUCGUGCCUUCCUCUGGGGAUGUCGCAGGACGAUACCCAACUGAAGCUAGUCCCUGUGACCCCAGGUCGUGACCUCACGCACCACGUGCUGAGCGUAAGCUGUGCCGAUGAGGGGGAGGAGGUGGCUGGGGGGGUGCGCAGGGGCUUGCUGGAGAGCCCGGUGUGUGGGUUCAUUGUGGUGACUAACGUGGACACACAGGCACAGGUGAUGACCGUGCUCUCGCCCGCCCCCAGACCCCUCCCCAGACACACACUGCUCAUCAUGGACAUUCGCUUUAUCGACCUCAAAUAGAGGAGGAGAGAGGGAAAACGCAAGAGGAAGAGCGAGAGAUGCUGUAUGUCUGAAAUCUGAUGGCUCUGUAAAGAGGAGUUUAUUUUCAGUGGCACUGAGUUUGGGGCAGCAGAGCAGUAGCUAACAUUCCACUCCUUGUAC